UCUUCGCAGAUUUCUCGUUUCCCGCGUGGACGUCCGUCGGGAGAAAUCGGAGAGGUUCGAGAGAGGCUGAGAAUUUUCGAUGACACGGGUAUUUACACUGUUGUCUCAUUAGCGAAUCGCGGGCGGGCAACGUGCAUGUUAACAGUAGUGAAGUGGCGCGGAAUUAAGGGGAGGCUACGGAGGAAACAACGCAUAAAUAAGAGGGGGGUCAGACCGGGGGCCAGAUAAAGCGGUUGACCCUCGCUCCUUCAAUGACCCACGAGAUAUCGUUCCACUAAAUUCACUGACUCGCCUACCAGUCGAAUGCGUGGCCUGAUCUACCGCAUAGCCGCACUGCUCGCUGCUCCUCCACGCGCCCGAUUUUCGGCCACUCUUCCCGUUUUGUCAACGCGACGGAAAUGCAACCUCGAAAGUUACUCCUCGUCCUCGUCUGCUGCGUUCUCGGCUGCCGGUGUGACGACCUCUCGGUCAAGCCUCUUGAGAAAAAUGACACGGCAGCGGAAAUCGCUCUUGGCGAGAAGCGGCUCGGGGAUCAUAUUCGCACGAUCUUGGCACACUAUCAGCAAGAGGAUCCGGUGGGCCUACCUGGCGCGCCGAUACCGGACCCGAUGUCAGUGCCGGACAUGAAGCAUUCCUUUUCCAUGUACACCAUGAACUUCAAGCAAGUCAACGUUUACGGCCUCUCGAAAUUCCGAAUCGUCCGCAUGGACUCGGAACUAGCUUUGAUGCAAGUCUCAGUUGCUCUGAGCAUCGAGUCGUUGGACAUCCGUGGAUUGUACACCUUGUCCUCAUGGCUGUCGCGUUCUGCCGGCGACUUCACCGUCAAAUUGACGGAGGUGAACGUCCGGGGUGUUGCGAGACUGGAGGUCGGCAACGACGGCAAGCUGCAAGCUCAGGACAUUGACAUGGACCUCACGUUCGACAAGAUAGACAUGGACUUCAAGAAUCUUGGCUUCCUGGGCUCUGUGUUCCAAGGUGUAAUCAAUUCUGUGGGCACCUUCAUAUUCGACAGUAUUAAACCCUUCAUAUUGAAGGAAGUCAACACUAACAUACGGGGUGAAGUCAACAAGCAGAUAUCACAAUUACCUCAGUACUUCCCGAACUCUAUAUCACCGUUUGACAUGGCAGUAGCGGAAGCACGCCGGAAGGUGUCCGAUUUAGGGUAUGACCCGUUCAGAGUAAAGGAUUACAGCCAGACUGUCGGGUUGUUCGUCGUGACGUCAUCGCACACAUGGAUCACUGGUCUGGCGAGUUUCUAUCGGAUGGGAAACAUCACGUUGAGCAUGGAGAAUAAAACAGUGUACGCUACGAUCGACGUUGGAACGCAGGAGAUCGAAGGAAAAACCCAUUGGGAAGUGAACGUUAUCGGUGGAUUCCUGUCUAGGGCCGGCACGGUCUCCUUUACCGUGCAAUACUUCAGGGUUCAGGUGAAAUUAAGUCAGCCCCUGGACACCCGGAAGAACCCUAAACUCGAGGAGCUUAAUCUAGAAUUGGGCAACAUCCAAGCUAGGGUUCGCGGAGCUGGUACUAUUGAUUACUUAAUGGAAGCCAGCAUUAAUGUACUGCCAAACCUUUUAAGGUAUCAAAUUAUGGACGCCAUAGAAGGGCCUCUGAAAAGACGCUUACAAGUUGAGCUAAACAAAGUGAACGUCGAGAGAUUGAUUCAUGAGAAGAUACCGGACAUAGAGGAACAGGCUAGGUAUAUUCAAGGCUUGAUCCCUAACGAGGAGACUAUUCUAGAAGAGGCAAUAAUGCCGCCUGAAGACCAAGACGAGCAACCGUUCUCGGACAGCGAAGAGAAUCGGGGACCUUCGUAAAUCCUUGAACCGUGAAAUACAACUUCACAGAGUAGACUAUUUAUGACCAAUAACUUUCCACAUGCGAAUACUCGUAUUCGGCGUCACGACGCAUCUACAGUGUAUUUUGUAAAUAUUUUUACACUCCGCCAAAGAGAACAUUCCUUAAAUAUACAUUUGGUUCUUACCCGAAACAACAAC